AGGUAGUGACGUCAGGUUCCGGAAGUGUUUUCGCUUCCUCGUGUGGCUGCAGUGUCCGCAGAAGUUAAGAGCCGCACCCACCAAUCACCGCUCGCCAACCAUCCUGACCCCGCCCCCGAGGUGACGUCAGUGCCAGAAUGUCUGUGAUUGAUAUGUUCGUGGAGCUGCAGAGCGGACUGAGCGCCGACCAGGAAAUCCGGGAGGAUAUCAGGAAAGUAGUUCAGACUUUGGAGCAGACUGCGCGGGAAAUUCUUAUCCUUCUUCAAGGAGUACAUCAGGAGGCUGGGUUCAAAGACAUACCUGCAAAAUGUGUGAAAGUACGGGAACACUUCAGCACUGUCAGAUCCCAGCUCGCCAUUCUAAAGACCAAAUUCCCAUCCGAGCAGUACUACAGGUUCCAUGACCAGUGGCGGUUCGUAUUGCAGCGCCUCGUCUUCCUGGCAUCCUUCCUGGUUUAUCUGGAAGCUGAAGAACUGGUAACCAGGGAAGCUGUGGCUGAAAUACUGGGAAUUGAAUAUGAACGAGAGAAAGGGUUUCAUCUAGAUAUUGAGGAUUAUUUGUCUGGGGUGCUGAACCUCGCCAGUGAGCUGUCUAGGUUAGCUGUGAAUAGCGUCACUGCCAGAGAUUACGCCCGACCCCUCCGCAUUGCUACAUUCAUCAACGAGCUGGAUUUUGGCUUUCGACUGCUCAACCUGAAAAAUGAUUCCUUGAGGAAGCGUUACGAUGGUCUAAAGUACGACGUGAAGAAGAUAGAGGAGGUGGUUUAUGAUUUGUCCAUCAGGGGACUCGGCCGAAGUCAGCCCAGCACCAGCUGUGCGGACAAGUAAUAGAUGCUUGUAUUUUUAGACUCGUGAGCUCAGAUUGCCAGAGCAGUCGUUCUGCGGUCCAUUCCAGCUUGCUAGUUUGGGGUAAAGGUGUUUUGAUGCUGCAUAUUCUACCAUUGUUUCAUUUUAUUGGGGUUGUUACAGUUGAUAUGAUUACCGAGUUCAUUAAGGAAGCAGAGUGAGUAAGAGUAUUUGUUGGAACCUGUGUUUUGUCUUUUCCUUUUUCUUUCCAGUAAAUAUUUGCUAUUCAGCAUGUCAGUCCUGCAGUCUCGACAGUUCUGGUGCUAUUAUUGUCUUUUUGGUUAACCUGAUCUUUCUCAAUAAUGAUUAAACCAGGGACCGCCUGGCAAUUGCCCUUCAACCCCCACUAUUCUCAGCUAGCCAAGUAAAGGUGGUGGGAGGUGUGGUCAAGCCACAGAUGACCCUAUAAGCAUUUAAAAUUGUGAUGCUGUCCCUGUUUGGGAAUCGUUUCAGCUCACUGUGAACGGACUGUUCUUUACACUAAUCGUUUAGAUACCGCAGGAAAGCCUGAACCCAUUAAAGAACCAAUGUCGUUGAUGGAUGGGGGAGACCUACAACUUGUUGUUUAUCAGAUUAUUCCCACAUUUUCUAUAAUAAAGAAUUUAUUGAA